AUGAUUCUCAUAGAUAGCAUAAAAUACUCGUGCAUAGAGUGUAUUCGUGGUCACCGAUCAAGUCUGUGCAGACACCACACACGACCGCUUCUCCAGGUUCGGUCCAAGGGUCGUCCAAAUGUGGCAGCCAACGGGAAUCCCAACCAUAGAAUAGCAGUAUUUGCCGAACAGAUCGAAGAAGAUAGUCCAAGCAGUAGUGAACUUGAAGGCUGUGGAAAUGGCGGGUGUGCAGACAAGUCUAGUGGCGGCAAGAAUAGUUGUCAAGAAGUGCAACAACAGCGUACGAGCAAAGCUCCUCCACCAGUGGUAAUCUUAAAAUACUCCCCGAAACAGGUUAUAGAUUUGGUAUCUGGACAGGUAAUAGGCCCAUAUGGAGAAGGGAAUGGUGGCAAGGCUGUAGGAGAAAAAUCAUGUGCUGGAAAAAAGUCUGCAACCAAAAGUUGUUGUGCAGCAAAAGAAUUGCAACCUAUCAAGAAAGAAUCUUCUUGUUGCGGAAGCAAGACUAAAGUGCAAUGCAAAUGUUCGAACAAAACGAGGACCAUCAACAAGUCUAAGAUCUUAAGAACAUAUUUACAAAACCAUUUACAAAACAGUGAAUGGAAGAUGGCACAAAAGUUAUCGCAGAAAGAACAGCCGGCUGUUACAGAACUAGCGAUGGUACCUCCGCCAGUAUUGUCACAAACUUUGGAUUCUACAUCUAUUACAGGACCUCCGCCGGUGUCGCUAGGAGGUAUAGGAGGAGGAGGACAAUCUUCUCUACUCCAAUACCCUCAAUUGAAAACCGAGGAAAAAACUUUGGAGCAAUCUAUGGCAGAUAUGCCUUCGGGUAUAUAUGACGUGGUGAGUAUUCCGGCGUGCUCUAUACCCGGGUCAUGUUGCUGCGAUGAUUCUUGUACAUGCACCGGAUGUAUGGUGCAUGGGAACUCUGUUGAUGACUUGGCAAAUUCUGUAGAGAAAAAUCCACUAGCUCAAGUUCUUUUCAGUGAAAGAGCUACUACAACUGUACCAUUGACUGGAUCCGUUGGCCAAACUUACCCUUAUUCCGAUCUUUUCAAUGUGAAUGGAUUCCCAAAGGAAGAGGAAACAGAAGACACCCCUUCUCCUGGAGGAGCAUGUGUUUGUCCUCCGACUGAAUGUGAUUGUACUAAUUGUGAAACCCAUGGUAUAAUCAAUGGGUUGAAGUUGGAUGAUUUUUUCAGUGAACAAAAUCAAUGGCUGGCUCAACAAGUACAACAACAACAAUUGUUACAACAUUUACAAAUUCAGAAUCAGAAACAAUCAUCACAACCAUUUAACCAAGCACUGAUCCAACUUAAUGACUUCAACCGACCCAAUGCUCCGUUUGACUACACCACAUUUUUGUUAAAUUCUCUCUUGAAUGGUCCAAUAAAAGAUGUAAAGAGUGGCGGUGGCCGUGAAGUAUAA